UAGAGCAAAACAGCUUUGCUGCCGCCGAGAGCGAGACACACAGAGACAGAGGGAGAAGAUGCAGAUCUUCGUGAAAACCCUAACAGGGAAGACUAUCACCCUCGAGGUGGAGUCUAGCGACACCAUCGACAACGUCAAGGCCAAGAUUCAGGACAAGGAAGGUAUUCCACCGGACCAGCAGAGGCUCAUUUUUGCCGGGAAGCAGCUCGAGGAUGGCCGUACUCUCGCCGACUACAACAUCCAGAAAGAAUCAACUCUGCAUUUGGUUCUGAGGCUUCGUGGUGGGAUUAUUGAGCCGUCUCUCAUGGCAUUAGCUAGGAAGUACAACCAGGAAAAGAUGAUCUGCCGCAAGUGUUAUGCACGCCUGCACCCCCGUGCCGUUAACUGCAGGAAGAAGAAGUGUGGACACAGCAACCAGCUGAGGCCAAAGAAGAAGAUCAAGUAAACUGGGAAUCGAGACAGCGGAAUGUGGCAUCUUUUUGGAUCAUUUAGGUCUUGGACAUUUUAUUUUAAAACUUUGUUAGCGUCAAGCAGGGUAUUGUUAUAAAGUUUAGCAUCAACAUUUUUCAACUUGCUUUGGAAUUUUUCUGUGAUGUUGCGUAAUCUUGGCGUCGUUUAAGCUUCUUACUAUGAGAAAUGGCAUUCAAAGGCAAUCGCUUUUCUUCCA